GCCGAUCUCCAGGCGCUGGGAGCGCGGACCAGCGUGUCUACCCGCGGAACCAGAAUCUUUUUGGUUUGAAGUUCCUGUGAGACCUUAUAGAAGGGCAUUGCUGGGCUUGACUUACUGCCCUCCCUGCCUUCAGGGAUGGAGGCGAUGGCGGCCAGCACUUCUCUGCCUGACUCCGGCGACUUUGACCGGAAUGUGCCCCGGAUCUGUGGGGUGUGUGGAGACCGAGCCACAGGCUUUCACUUCAACGCCAUGACUUGCGAAGGCUGCAAAGGCUUCUUCAGGCGAAGCAUGAAGCGGAAGGCACUGUUCACCUGUCCCUUCAACGGAGACUGCCGCAUCACCAAGGACAACCGGCGCCACUGCCAGGCCUGCCGGCUCAAGCGCUGUGUGGACAUCGGCAUGAUGAAGGAGUUCAUCCUGACGGAUGAGGAGGUGCAGCGGAAGCGGGAGAUGAUCCUGAAGCGGAAGGAGGAGGAGGCCUUGAAGGACAGCCUGCGGCCCAAGCUGUCCGAGGAGCAGCAGCACAUCAUUGCCACCCUGCUGGACGCACACCACAAGACCUACGACCCCACCUAUGCCUACGUUAGCGAGUUCCGGCCUCCAGUUCGCGGGAAUGAGGAUAAAGGGAACCAUCUCUCAAGGCCCUUCUCCCAACACACACCCAGCUUCUCCGGGGACUCCUCCUCCUCCUCGGGUCACUACACCACCUCUUCAGACCUAAUGGAGACAGCUGGCUUCUCCAAUCUGGAUCUGAACGAAGACGACUCUGAUGACACUUCUGUGACUCUGGACCUGUCCCAGCUCUCUAUGCUGCCCCACCUGGCUGACCUGGUCAGUUACAGCAUCCAAAAGGUCAUCGGCUUUGCCAAGAUGAUCCCAGGAUUUAAAGAUCUUACCUCUGAUGACCAGAUUGUGCUGCUGAAGUCUAGUGCCAUCGAGGUCAUCAUGUUGCGCUCCAACCAGUCCUUCACCAUGGACGACAUGUCCUGGACCUGCGGCAGCCCGGACUACAAGUACCAAAUUGAUGAUGUGGCCAAAGCUGGACACAGCCUGGAGCUGAUUGAGCCCCUCAUCAAGUUCCAGGUGGGGCUGAAGAAGCUGAACUUGCAUGAGGAGGAGCACGUCCUGCUCAUGGCCAUCUGCAUUGUCUCCCCAGACCGGCCUGGGGUGCAGGACGCUGCGCUGAUAGAGGCCAUCCAGGACCGCCUGUCCAACACGCUGCAGACCUACAUCCGCUGCCACCACCCACCCCCAGGCAGCCACUUGCUCUACGCCAAGAUGAUCCAGAAGCUCGCUGACCUGCGCAGCCUCAACGAGGAGCACUCCAAGCAGUACCGCUGCCUCUCCUUCCAGCCUGAGUGUAGCAUGAAGCUCACGCCCCUCGUGCUCGAGGUGUUUGGCAAUGAGAUCUCCUGAUGAGGGCAGCCUGUGGUGGCGCCGGGGCGGGGCUGCUCCUCGGUGGCCCUGGGCCCGGCCCGGGCUGGCUGCUGCCCAGUAGCCCUUCCCAUCCCCUGGGGAGCUCAGCCUGUCCUCUCCGUCUCCCUUCCCUGUCCGGCCCAUCCUCUCUCCUGCCCAACCUGAACACCAGGACCCACUUUCCUGCUGGCCACAGACUGCACCCAGUCCCUGGAGACCUCGGUCACGAGAAAUUGCUGUUUAUAUGAUGAAGAAACUCAAGUGGGAGCAGAGGGCAGAGGCCGAAAGGUGGGGCUCAGCCCCAGAUGCCUCUGCCUCUCCAGGAGCGGCUGCCAGCUAGAGCCGAGGAACCAUUCCUCAGGGACAGAGAUACCUGUACCUCUCCCCACUCCAGGCCCCCCAUGUCGAAAGUCUGGUGGGGAUCCCUCCCCACCUGCCCCACUCAUGAUAGGUAACCGGCCUGCAGCACCCAUCCGCCUCCACCCCGUCUUGCAACCACCUGUGCUGUUCCGUACCAGAGCCACGUGCCACGAUGGGGCCUCCUUCCUCUGCUUUCCCUCUCCUGGCCAGUCAAGGACACUCACAGCCAAGGAUGACCAAAAACAGGUGACCGAGGUCAUGACUACCCCCUCAUCCACCUCUGCUGGCCAAAGGGUACUUGCCCACCUUUCAGCUCUACAUUCACCCAUUGCGUGGUAAGCCCCACUAUUCUCCUGGCAGUACCUCACCGAGUCAGGCCUUCUCCCCACCACCUGGCCCAGAACCCGCUUGCUGAGGGGCCCAAGGAGGGAAGAAAGUAUGGUCUGGGCAGUGGGGAGUAGAUAAACCGAGCCACACAGAAGAGCAGUGGAUGGCGAAGAGUCCGUCACUGAGCCCGUGGCUCUGUGGCCUGGUAUCUAGGAGGCUGGCUGUGGUGGAGCUCUCUCCCUCCAGCAGUCCAUGGGGCAGGACUGAGUUGCCCCAGGUAGAACAGUACCCAGCAUCAUUGUCCCCCCUCACCCCCCAGUGCCUUACCUCCCCCAGCCAGGAGAGAGAGAGCUUGCCACAGCCUCCAGAGCCCUCCCACAGUGACCAAGAGUUGCUGGUUGGGGUGGAGGAGAAGAACUUUCAGCCCCCAGCAGCCCAAGUCAUGCCCUCCCUACGUGCCUAGGUAUAGUUCCAAGACUGCUCUUCACCCGGGAGAACCACGAGCUACUGCCCCGAACUCCUCAAGGUGUGGAUGGAGGGAGAGACGGUUGCCUCUAGUGCCUGGUCAGGGAAAGCAUGGAGGGCAGACUGACGGAGGGCUGGUUCCCUUCUUUUUCUCACUCCACCAUUUCCUAAAAGUCAAAAGAGACCCGUGAGGCAGGGCAGGGUGGUGUACAUAACUUCAGAUGUGAUGUUCUCCUCUGCAGCUGAGCCGGCCCAGGCGGUGGGAAAUCUCGGUUGGUUUACUCUGGGGUGAGAUUUCUUGGUGAGGGUGAGUCACAGAAGAGUGGGACCAGUGCAGAAGGGGGUUCUUCCACACGCAGUCGUAGAGGGUCCUUCCGAUGGCGACUGGAGUUUGGUAAGCACAGCCACAUCUGAUGCAUCAGCAGGGAGUUAUUGUCAGUGGGAACACGGCUGCCCAAGCUACCAGAGGAUGGCCCCUUCAUCUGUGUCUGUUGAGCCCUGAAAACCCCAGUAAGACCCAGACUUAACCCUGGAAGAGCCUUUGGUGCCCACCUGGCCAGGUGUUUCUCAGAAGUCUGCAGAUGGAGGAACAUCUGGCAGCCACAUUCCUUAUUGCAGAAUACCAUAUAUAUGACUUAAUCUUAAAUGCAUUAGAUAUGAGGGCUUUUUCCAGACUUCUUUUUGUACUACAUUCUAAUAUAGAGGGUAGCAGGCACCAAUGAUUAAGAGAUAUUUAUAGGGGGGAAUCUUACAUUGUAAAAUUCUAUACAUUAAUUAUUUUUAUUGUUAUUAUUUUACAAAUUAGGGAGAGACCCUUGCUAUUUGAUUUUAGCAGCAGAACACAUUGGUCCAGCUUGCUAUUUAGUGGAAGGAAAAGCUUGAAAAUAGAUAAACUAGUUCAAUCCACUUGUUAAAGAAAAUGGACUUUUAGAGGAGGAUGUAACUGACCUAAGUUCAUAUAACGAGUUAGAAGUAGUGCCAGGACUGGACCCAGACUUUGGACUCACGGUCCAGUGCUCUUUCCACUACACCAUGCUUCAGCUUAGGCCCGUUCUCCAUUCCCCUGAUGGCAGAUGCAGUUCCUUGGGGGAAUCCCUGGAUUUUAGACAGAGCAAGUCUAGAUCCAGGACCCCUUUCUUCCUUCCCUGCGUUGUAACCCCUGUGACCCAUCAGGAGGAGGAGGAGACCCCUCAGCCUGUGUCUCAAUGUGAAUUGGCCCUCCAUCCCCCUAACCUCCGUGGCCCUUGCCUGAUGGGGUCUCUGCCUCAGCCCUGUAUAAUGCUGUCCUUGUCAAUAAAGUGCAUCUGUCUUUGUAAUGUCUUCACCUUCCCAGCUCUCCCUCUGGCCCUAGCUUCUCUAGGAAACUCACAUGGACACACCAAAAAUAUCAGUUACUCAGCCCUGGAUCCCAUGGUAACCCAGGCCACCCCCAAAGGGAAGUCUAGGAACUGGGAGGAAAAGAGAAGUGGGGAAAGUGAGGUUUCAUGGGAGCUGAAGUGGAGGAAAAUGUUAUCAUUUAUUCUGUUUUAGAAUGAGAUCAUGUGAAGACAGACAUUUAUAAAUCUAAGACAUUUAAAAUAUAUUAUUGGAAGCCCAGGGAAGUAUGCACCACAAUGCCAAAUAACCAAGAUUCUGGGAGACAAAAAGUCCUCCUGCUGUCUAACUAGAAGCAAGUAGGAGAAGCCAAGAGUGGCCAACUGGGGAGGCUGGAAAGUACUACAGAUUUGGUGAAAGUGGGAAAUAAAGCAACAAAAGAAGUCUUUAAAUAGUGCCUCCUGAGUCAUUUCCAAAGAGGAAAAAAAGUAUGCCAGACAUUUUUCAAAUAAAAAAUGAAGAAAGUUUUGAUUAUGGUGAUAAAAAUGGCUCAUACUUAAACAGUACUUCCCUGG